GCAGAGUCAAGCUUCCCCUACUCCACUCCCCUUUUACUCUUUUUAUUUGAGAUAAUAUGACGAUGUGUCUUAGACUGAGACCAAAUCCCGCACUUUCUCUCCCUUUCUUAGCUCCCAAACACCUCCUCAAACUCAACCCCAAACCCUCGCUUUCCUUCAUACCCCACUCUCGCACUUCCACCUCGUAUUUCUCGUCCAAGAUAACUAUGUCCUCUUCUUCCACCCAAACCAUCGAGCACAUUGUCCUCUUCAAGGUCAAAGACGACACCGACCCAUCUAAGGUAAACGCCAUGGUUAACGGACUCAGCGGCCUAAAAUCGCUAGACCAAGUCCUCCACAUCACUGCGGGACCACUUCUGCGGAACCGAUCGUCCACGCUCAACUUUACUCACAUGCUCCAUAGCCGAUACAGCUCGAAGGAAGACCUUAACGCUUACUCUCAGCACCCCAAUCAUAUCAGCGUAGUUAAGGAAUCGGUCCUCCCAAUCUGUGAAGAUAUCAUGGCCGUCGAUUGGGUCGCCGAGGAUCUUCAAGGCCCAGUUUCCCCAUCUCCAGGCUCGGCAUUGAGGGUGACUUUUUUGAAAUUGAAGGAGAAUUUGGGGGAAGAGAAGAAAUCUGAGAUUUUGGGGGUAAUUAAAGGGAUUAAGAAUAGUUUUGGGCAGAUUGCUCAGCUCACAUGUGGGGAAAAUUUCUCUCCAGGCAGAGCCAAGGGGUAUUCGAUUGCGUCGAUUGCUGUUUUUCCUGGUCCGAGCGAACUGGAGGCUGUGGAUUCGAAUGAAGAGUUGGUGAGGCUGCAGAAGGAGAAGGUUAAAGAGCAUUUGGAAAGUGUUGUCGUUGUUGAUUAUUUGGUGUCGUCGCCUCAAUCUGCCAGUCUGUGAGUUUUUCAUUUCAUUGUUGUAAGAAUAAAACUGGGAUAAUAAGCUUGAGCUAUUGGAAUAUCAAUGAGGUGACUUUCUCUUCAUACCCUUUUCACCAUAUUGUGAUCUGAAAACUUAAUUUAUAGAUUGUAAAGUGGUUCAAUGCAUGAAAUCUAGCUCUUUUUCUUCAUAA